AUGCAAGUAUUUCGCAAGGUCAAGUGUGACGAGAGCCGGCCCGCGUGCAGUCGAUGCACUUCCACUGGCCGCAUAUGCGACGGGUAUGAAGCAACCGCCAGCCAGACGGCUCAAACUCCCCCGGUUGCGCAGCCCUUGAAGAUCGAGGCUACUUCUCUCGAGAUUCGCUCAAUCGAAUUCUUCGUUGAGAAGUCUAGGACGCAAUUCGCGGCACUUUUCCAAGAUGAAUGGUGGAACACUCAAAUCCUGCAGCUUGCAUACGCCGAAGGCUCUAUAAGACAUGCACUUGUUGCAUUAUCCAUGCAUCAUGAGCACUUCAUCAGCAAGCAGGCUGAGGUCGAGCUUCAACUUGCCACGCGGCAACAAAACCUUGCUAUACGGGAGCUUCUACUGCCGAAUCAACAGUCGCUGACACAUUUACAUCCAAUGACAUGUUUCAUAUUCAUCUGCAUUGAGAUCCUACAAGGGAACCACGGAGCUGCGAUCCAUCUCUUUAAGCACGGUUGCAAGAUGAUUCAGGAAUUGCAACAGCAGAGAGCACGUCGAACUUCUGCAGGCGAAUCUGACAUUGGCGCCUCUCUGCGGUAUUUGGAGACAUCAUUCAAUAGGCUGGCCGUUCAAGUGGAAUUGCUUAUCGGCGAUGUCUCUCCAGAGCUUUCGCUGACUCUUCUGGGCAGCAUGGGCAGCAAACCCUCAUCAACCCAAAGACCCAUCAAAUCACUCUCUGACGCUCGGCACACUUUAACCAACCUGAUUCUUUACAGCAUGCAGUCGAUAUUGGGGAACUUUGAAAGGAGACAACACGCAAGAAGCUGUGUAAACAAUUGGCUUGACUCAUUUCAUGAGUUUAGCGGCAGUCAGCAGCAUAGUGGCGCUAAAGAAGGCCUUGCUUUGCUUGAGUUGCAAGCCAAAUACUUACUCUUGAUUCUUGACACGGCCGGCGGCGAAACAGCCGAAGAAGAUUUCCUCAACCAGGACAGAAACGUUGAAAGGUUUCGAGAACUGGUCCAAAUCGCGCCGCUAGCAAUAGUGGGAAGGGCUACCGAGGAUAGUCCUCUCUUUCAUCUGGAGCUUGGUGUUGUCCCUCUCUUAUACUCGGUCAUAGCCCAUUGUCGGCAUCCUGCUAUUCGAAGGCAAGCUCUGAACCUGCUCAAAACCCAGCAUGUGCAGGAAGGGAUCUGGAGCAGCGAUCUAACGAGUAGAGUUGCUCAGCGACUUGUGGAGCUGGAGGAAGCAAGUCAGCCAAUCCAACAACCGAGUGACAUACCCGCUUCUCAGCGGAUUACAUCUGUUGCCGUUCACAUGGAAGCGAGUCAGAAACGAGCGUGUGUUAUAUAUACCGGCCAAGGGCAUGAGCGGAGCGAACUGAUCGAGUGGUAGCGAUAUUAUCACGAUGUGUCACCUU